UGGAGCGAAAUCUCUGGAGCAGGUCUUCUGCUUUCUGACUGCCGUUGACUAAAACAGAGCUGGGGCGCUGGAAGCCCUGAAAGAAAAGGGAAGCGACGAAGGACGGAAAGGCAAAAGGUCUGCCUUAAGUUAAAACGAGAGGAAGCGCGCCGAGAGCAGAAGCCCCGCGUUGGCAGCGCCCCAUUGAGGCGGCGGGCGCGCAGAGUGGCGGGCGCUCUCGUCCGGAGGAGAAGCCAGGCUUUGCGGCAGCCGGCGGGGCCGUGCGGAGCAGCGCAUCUCCUCCGCCCGUGCUCUCCCUCAGGCGCAUCCCCAGCCCAGCUCUGACUCCGCCUGUGCCGCCGCUCUGUCUCUUGGGCUCCGCGCUGCUUCCCGCCGCGGACGCUCGCCCGCUCCUCGAAAGUCUCCCGCCGCCGCUGCCCGAGGACCAGCCGAGCGUGACCACCCCGGGGUCAUGCCUGCGCCCGGCUGCCUCCGCCCCGCCUGCUUCCAGCUCGGCGGCUGAGGCAACCUCCUUCGCACAGAGGCUGUCCUAUGUCAACUUCUCCAUGGACUGUCUUGCAGCAACACAAGCAGGAUCCUUAUUUAUCCUUCAUUCCACUGUAGAGAAAUUGGAUUCCAAUUUUGCUUCACUGGAGCUGGGAAAAAGAGGAUGAAGGCCUCCUCUGCAUGUUUCCAAUCAAUAUAAUCCUGAGGACACUAAUUUAUCUCAGAAGCAUCUGCCACUGAUUUUUUAAGGAAAAUGGAAAGUGUGAGUGAACUUCAGAAUCCACUGUUGGCCAAGAGCAAUGGACACCUUCAUGGUAACUGUACUUAUCACCAGGAUUAUCACAGUCAUCAUUGCCAUGGCAAAUUAUAUUCCUAUAUCUUCCAAAAUUCAGGUAAUGCAAGGACACACCAGUUGUUGGAUGCCAGUUCUCUCCAACUAGCUGUUGAAGCACUGUAUGGUCCAAAUUUCAUUCUGGUGAAGGAUGAAAGCAGUGUCAAAGUCAAGGACAACAAAGGUGACAAUUGUGAGACAACCUUCAUGGAAAGCAAAGACCCAUCUGCUGAUGUUUCUGAUGAGCAAGAAGCACAGGGAAGAUCUCUAAUGGAAAAUGAUAUCAAAAUCCAAACAGUAUCCUAUGAUGUAGAGGAAGAGGAAUUGCAGGAAUAUGAGAGUGACUCUUCAAGCGACAGCGAAAGUGAAGAUAAUUUUCUGAUGCUUCCUCCACGAGACCACCUAGGCUUGGCCAUUUUCUCAAUGCUCUGCUGUUUUUGGCCCCUGGGAAUUGCUGCCUUCUGUUUUUCUCAAGGGACAAGCAAGGCCAUCUCCAAGGGGGACUUUCACCAGGCAAGCUCAGCUUCUCGCCGAGCACUCUUCCUUGCUGCACUUUCAAUUACUAUCGGCACAGGAGUAUAUGUUGGAGUGAUUGUAACACUGAUUGCUUACCUAUCUAAAGGUGGGCAUGUAUAAUAAAGACUGUUACAUAAAAUAUCCGUCAUUCCCCAAUGGAUGAGCCUCCUGGAUUAAGUGCUUUAAGUGCCAUAAUGGACAACAUGCUUACAAAGACUGAAAAGGAGCUUUUUUUUCCCCUCACACGGUCAAAUAAAUUGUAUAGAUUUUUUUUGAAUGAACACUGACCUACUUUACAUUAUAGUCUGACAAGCUAUAUAUAUAUAUAUAUAUAAAAACCUUCAUGCAAAAUUGAAUGCACGCUUGAACAGCCUGGAUUUUGAGGCCAAGAACAAAAGAGGGAAAUGGAAUUUUUCUUCAAAAACAAAAAAAGUCUGCAGUGUGUUCUCAGACCAGUUUUUCUGUGAGCUAAAUAUGCCAUUUGUGAAGUUCAAUUACCUAUUGGAACUAAGCCCUGGUAUUAUUCAGAGCACAUGGUAAAGAAAAUGGGGGAAUGUUCAUUGAAAAACUUUCAUUAAGGUAUUGGGGGUCGCAGUGAUAUUUGUCAAGAUGCUUCUAUUUUGAGCCAGAGAUUCAAGCUACAAGAUCAAUUCAUCUGUAUCUAUCACACAAAGCCAGUUUUCCCCAAAGCUCUCAUUCAGAGCCAUUCUUAUACAGCUUGUCUCUACACCUAGAGUUCUCUUUCAUGUCAGAUUUUCCCAAUAGCCUCAUCUCAUUCAUCUUUGAAUAAUCAUAUUCAGCUGUCACUUCAGUUAUAAGAUAGCACCUGCUUAAAAAAGACACACACAAAUAGUAUGUAAUUAUAAUAAUUCUAACUGAACAGGCUUGGGAAAAUCCUCUGGGCCUUCUAUUUUUUAAUUAUAUUUUAGGAUGCAUAUUACAGUACCAAAUAGAAUGAAUUAAUAUUAUUUCAUAUUUUAUUAUGACAUGAAAAACCCAUCAACAGAUAAUUUAGCAUGAUUACUUUUUAUCACAUGUAAAAAUGCUAUAUACAAAUUCUUAUACAGAUAGUUCUUGCUUACCUACGAUAAUUGGGACCAACAACUCCAUCACUAAGCAACAUAGUUGUUAAGCACAAUGUUACUUGACCAUGCUGACUUAUGAUGUCAGUUAUGGCAAUUCUGGUUGCUGUUGUUAAGUGACUCCUGUGUGGUCAUUAAGCAUGACAUCACAUGAUUACCAUUUGUCCUGCAAGCUUCCUUGCUUGUUGAAUGCUGGCAGUGAAUGUCACAAAUAGUGGUUACAUGGGCAGAGGAAACUGUGACCAUUGUAACUGCAAACCAGCCAUCAAGCACUUAAAUCAUGAUCAUGUGACUACAAGGACCCAGUCAUAUAUCUCCUCAUUCAGCACCAUUGUAACCACAAGCAGUUGCUAAACAAGUGGUUGUUAAAAGAGGAACACUUCUACUAAAAUUUCUCCCAGGUCAGAACAAUUAUUGGGAUUAGUCCCAAUAACCAUUUUAGAAAUGAUUCUAAAACCACCAGUAGCACUUCUACAUAAAAUGGCAACCUUGUAGUGUCUAUUGCUGUACAGACACCUACAUAAUUAAAUUACACACUGAUUUUUGUUCAGUUUGUUUUUUCUAAGUUCAAAUAUUCAUUUCUAUGGUUAUUGUAGACACUAAGCCUAAAUCAGAGCAAACAUGUAAUCUAAGAACUCAGAGCAAUCAUCAAGCUUUGUUAUUUCUCCAUUUUGAGGUUUUUAGAGUUCUAGUAGAUCACCAUAUGAUAAGCAUUUGUACAUUUGUUAGAGAGAUAAUUUAAUAUUGGAAGACUUGGUACAUUUGAAAGCAGACUGCAUCCAGUUAAAUAUACUUUCAUUUUUGCUGGGGCUUAAAUCUCCAUUCUGAAUCUCUCAUCGGCCUUAGCUUUGAACUGAAAGAAAAGGACACCAUGGAAAUAGUUUGAAGGGUGAUUUAAAACAACAACAACAACACUUGCCUGUUCUCUGCUAGCAAUGCUCCAGUAAUACAUAGUAUACUUCUGGGUGCCAUAGAAGGUGCUAACAUUACUAUAUUAGAGCCUAUCCAUGAUGCUUCUGUAGCUUCAUAGUAAGAAGUUGAGUAUAGUUAAAUCAUGCUCAUCUACAGUAGACUGAACGACUUUCUCUAAAUGAGUUUGCUCUGCACACAGGAUUUCUUUCAGUAAAAGCCCAACUAUGCUUGUAUCUUCGGACCACUUGAAAAUAUAGGCCUUUUCUAUUCAUGCAAUCACUGGAUAGCAAAGGACGUGUACAGUGCAUUUUUUUAAAAAAAGAAUGUGUGUUCUCCUUUUUUAUUAUUGAUAAUUCAACUAUUAAAUGUUUUAAUGUGCUUAGAAGCUGCCCCAAUUUCUUAGAGAUGGAUAAUGUAACAAUUGUAAUAUAUAAGUAAGUAAUCUUCCAUCAUCAAAGCAGAUAGUAAAAAACAAACUGAAUUUUGAACUGAGAAACCAUGUGCGAAAAUAACAUGUUCCUUUAGAGGGUAAUAAUUAACUCAAGUUGUGUAUUUUUCCCCAACCUAUGUUGUUUCAAUGUGAAGUACACUUCCAAGUAUGUCCACAAACCACAAGUGUUUGAAUUUUACUUAUCCUUCUGGAAUAUUGAAACCAAGAACUCUCAUUUUCCUGGAGGCAGAAAAUUUAAUUCUGCUUUUCACUGCUUGAGGGUGGUAUUGGUUACUGAAGUAUAGAAGAUAACUGUUGGCUUAAAUUUGGGAAUAUCAGACAUACAGUAAGAAAUGUGCAAAAUCACAAGAAAAUAGUUGCUUUUAUUUCAGGGCUAUAUGUUUGGUUAUGCUUCCUCCCAAAACUUACAUGGUGCAUGUAUUUUGUUUGCUAACUCAGAGGAUGACAAUUAAGAACACUGAGGUUUAUCUUAUGUAGAAAGUAUUUUAGACAAUUCAGGGAAAUGAGCAAACUAAUAAAUAAACUCUAAGCACUUAGGGCUGCCAUAGAGAUUUAAUUUUGAAUAGUGGUUCAACACUCUUCCACCUACAUGAAAUUUGGAAGUGCUGCCAUCAGCUAGAAUAAUUUAAUGAUGUCCUAAAGGUAAAAGGACUGUAGAGAUUGCUAGGUCAUGAGAGAGAUGUUCAGGGACGGGGGAGAGGAAGAAAUAAAAAUUGGGAAUAUUCAAGAACAAAAGUGAAUGAGAAGAACAGACAACUGGAAAUAAAGUAGUAGCCAUAACAGUAAUAAUCAUUGAAAUGUGAGGAAAUCUAGCCAAUGAUGUAAUGGUUAGAGGAAGAUGAUCCUUUAAUUAUCUUUAAUCUACAGCAGGCUUGUCCAACAUGAUGUCCUUUAGUUUAAACGAUAAUUUGGGGAAGCUGCUUGUUGUCCAAUAUAUCUGAGGGCACCAGGUUGGAGAUGGCCAGUUUAUAACAUGGCCCCUGGGUCCAUUCUUACACAAUAAAAUGUUCUGUGAAUUAAGCCACAAAUUGAAAUAUUGUAGAGAAAUUUUCUAGUUAUGCUUUCACCAAAAACUUGGAACAUUGACUUUCAAUCUGCUCUCCUCCACGUCCGUCUUCAAGUUUCAAUUUGGAGCCUUUAAUAAUCUCACUGUUUUUCCCCAGUUUCUCUCACUUGCAACUAGAGGUACAGACUGGAAUUCUUCUGUCAUGGAUCCUUCUGCACGCUGCAGUUUUUCUGUAAACGGCUCAGCAUGUUCUGUAUAGUUGAGAUAUAUGUUUUAUUGCCAAGUGGCAUGUUAAUGUCUGACAUUUCUAUUGUACUUGAGCCAUAAUGGA